AUGUCUCAGACAUCAUCUUCAACCAAGGCGACUUCAUCAUCCUCAUCAUCCUCAUCAUCUGACCAAGACUCUAGAGCAAUCACCACAUGCAUAGAAUCUGAAGUUCUUGAGGUCACUCCUCUCAGAGAGAUGGAAACUGACCCAGCCAAAGUCAAAAAGCUAAGAACUAGACAUGCAGGAAGAGCUCAAGCUGCAGCCUCUGGUAAUCCUUCUCAUCCUUCUUCUUCUGUACCAAAUAGAGAAGGAUCAGUUCAAGUUCAUCAAGCUAUUUCUAGGCUUGUUACUAGUAUACUAAGCGGAAACCAACCUGUACCGGGGAUUUCUGUCCCUUUAAAUCAAUCAGGAAGCCCAAAUGUGGACGUCUCUGAGAAUGUAGAUGUCUCUGAGAAUGUUGUGACACAAAAUGACAACAUUCAGAACCCUUCAAAAAAGACUGUUGAUCCACCUAUCAUUGAUGUGGAUGAGGAUUACUCAGAUAAUGAUCUGAUUGCCAAUGUAAACCCUAGCAUAAUUAGGAGAUUGAUGAAAAGAAAGGGUAAUCAGAAUGAUGCAAAAUGUGUGUCCAAAGAUAAACCUGCUGUUAAGAAAUCCAAGGCUGAAGGCAUGGCUGAGAAAAGUAUUCAGACAAAAGGGAAGAAGGCCCAGGUGCAUACUGCUAGACAACCAAUUUCAAAGAAGAGAAAAGAACCUGAAUAUUCUGAUUCUGAUGAGGAAUCAGAAUUUGAGAUUGAUGCUGAAGAAAUUCCUAUCAGAAGGAAGCUCCCCUCCAGCAAAAUUGCUAGAGUGCUUGAAGUCCCAAUAGACAACAUCUCUUUUCAUCCUGACAAUGCAAACAGAUGGAAGUAUGUUUGCUUAAAGAGAAUAGCUUUAGAAAGAGAACUCAACAAUGAUGCCUUGGAGUGCAAAGACAUCAUGGACCUGAUCAAGAAUGCUGGACUGAUGAAGACAGUGAUAAAAUUUAACAAGUGUUAUGAAAAUCUGGUCAAGGAGUUUGUAGUGAACUUGUCUAAUGAUUAUGCUGAUGGAAGGUCAGCUGACUUUGAAAGUGUUUUUGUUAGAGGAAGAAGGGUCAAGUUCUCUCCAUCAGAAAUUAACAAAUUUCUUGGAAGAACAAAUGAGGAUUGUCCUGAUCUGGAGGUCACUGACAAUGAAGUUUGUCAAACCAUCACAGCAAGGCAAGUGAAGUGCUGGCCCUUGAAAGGCAAGCUGAAUGCCAGCAAACUCAGCAUGAAAUUUGCUAUCCUGCACAAGAUUGGUGCAUCCAACUGGGUGCCUACAAAUCAUAAAUCAACUAUCUCCACAGGAUUGGGGAGAUUUAUUUAUGUUGUGGGAACCAAGACUGCUUUUGACUAUGGCAGGUACAUCUUUGAACAAACUUUAAAGCAUGCUGGUAGUUAUGCUGUCAAAGGACCAAUCGCCUUUCCCUCCCUCCUUUGUGGAAUUAUCCUUGCACAAUACCCUGAUAUCCUGGUGGCAAGAGAUACAGCCUGCAAAAGAGCUCCUGCCCUUGGGUUGCACUACAAACCGUUUCAGGGAUCUCAUGCUCCAGAUAUUGUCAUAACAUCAGCUGAGACAUCGUCUGUGAAGACCCAGUCCAAGACAUCUGAUGUCAUAACUGUUUUAAAAGAGACCUGCAAAGAGCUGGAAGCUAGGAAAAAGACCCUAUAA